CCCGGCCUCAGCCGGCUGCCCUCGCCGGCCGAGGAGGCCGACCACGACCUGUGCGUGCACUUGGUGCAGCUGCUGCACAGCACGCUGGUGGACAAGAUGCAGACCCUGCAGGUGGCCCAGAAGUGCCUGGAGAUGGGCCUCUUCCAGGACGAGGACGUGGAUCGGAUCCAUGCUGUUACCGACAAUCGUGGGAACAGAGAUGGUGCAAGGGAGCUACUGAGCAGAAUAGUGCAGAAAAAAGAUUGGUUCUCUCCUUUUUUGAUUGCUCUGCGCGAGACUCAACAUGGAGACCUCGCAAAUGAUUUAAGCGGAAAUACAGGAGGAACAGAGAAUAGACAAAAUGGGAUGAAGAACAGCACAAACAAAGAAACAGAAGUUACAAGCCAACCAGCAUAUGCCGUAGUGGAGGAUUUGAAACAGCAAGAGAAAGAAAAUGAUAGUUUGAGCAGUGAGAACAGUGUAUUGGAAACAUCUACUGGAAAGGAUUCUGUAGUUUCAGAGUCAGAUGACUCCAUAGGAGAUGAAAGUGUCAGUAACUUGAAUGAAAACCUGGGAAAGAGCUGCACAACCAGUGAUUCAGAUGAAGAUGAAGUGGAGAGCAGAGCUUCACCUGAGCCACAUCUGAUCCUGAGAGAUUACCAGAUGGAAGUUGCAAAGCCAGCACUGAAUGGGGAGAAUAUUAUAAUAUGUCUCCCUACAGGCAGUGGUAAAACCAGAGUGGCUGUUUACAUUACCAAAGAUCACUUGGAUAAGAAGAAAAGAGCGUCAGAGCCUGGAAAAGUUAUAGUACUUGUUAAUAAGGUACCGUUGGUAGAACAGCAUUUACGAAAGGAGUUUAGUCCAUUCCUGAAGCGUUGGUAUCAAGUUAUUGGUUUAAGUGGUGAUUCUCAGCUGAAAAUCUCAUUUCCUGAAGUUGUCAGAAAAAAUGAUGUUAUCAUCUGUACAGCACAGAUCCUUGAGAAUUCACUCUUAAAUGCAGCUAAAGAAGAUGAAGAAGGUGUCCACUUAUCAGAUUUUUCACUCAUCAUUAUCGAUGAGUGUCAUCACACUCAAAAGGAAGGUGUCUACAACAAUAUAAUGCGACGCUACUUAAAAGAAAAGAUGAAGAACAGGAAGCUGGCGAAAGAAAACAAACCACUGACGCCACAGCCUCAGAUUCUGGGACUUACAGCCUCACCUGGUGUAGGAGGUGCAACGUCCUCCUCAAAAGCCGAAGAACAUAUUCUGAAAAUCUGUGCUAAUCUUGAUGCCUGUAGAAUCAUGACUGUUGAAGAGCACGCCUCUCAGUUGAAGAAUCAAGUGAAGGAACCAUAUAAAAAGACAGUGAUUGCAGAUGACAAAAGAAAGGAUCCAUUCAGAGAGAGAAUUAUUGAGAUCAUGACAGACAUUCAAACGUAUUGCCAGCUCCAUCCAAAAUCUGAAUUUGGAACUCAGCCGUAUGAACAGUGGGUGAUUAGAGAAGAGAGAAGAGCUGCAAAAGAAGAAAAACGCAAGGAACGUGUCUGUGCAGAACACUUAAAGAAAUACAAUGAUGCUCUCCAGAUAAAUGAUACCAUACGAAUGGUGGAUGCGUACAAUCACCUAAACAACUUUUAUAAGGAGGAGAAAAGUAAGAAGACAGUAAGGAGCGACGAUGAUGAUGAUGAUGAUGAACCAGCAGUAUCGAAACAGGAUGAAACAGAUGAAUUUCUAAUAGGUUUAUUUCAUGCAAAAAAGAAACAGCUGAAGGAGUUGGCUAGAAAGCCAGAAUAUGAAAAUGAGAAGCUAAUACAGUUGCGAAACACUUUAAUGGAGGAGUUCACGAAGACUAAGGAACCUAGAGGAAUUAUUUUCACAAAGACUCGGCUAAGUGCCUUUGCUCUAUUCCAGUGGAUUAAGGAUAACCCAAAAUUUGAAGAAGUGGGAAUUAAGGCCCAUUAUCUUAUCGGUGCUGGACAUAACAGUGAAACUAAACCCAUGACUCAGAAUGAGCAAAGGGAAGUUAUUGAUAAAUUCCGAGGUGGAAAUGUAAAUUUACUUAUUGCUACUACUGUAGCUGAGGAAGGCCUAGACAUCAAAGAGUGCAACAUCGUCAUUCGCUACGGCCUCGUCACUAAUGAAAUUGCCAUGGUGCAGGCUCGUGGUCGAGCUCGAGCUGAUGAGAGUACGUAUGCACUUGUGGCUUCGAGUGGCUCAGGAGCUGUUGAACGUGAAGAUGUUAAUACUUUCCGUGAGCAAAUGAUGUAUAAGGCCAUUCGGCGUGUCCAGCAGAUGCCAAAAGAGGAGUAUUUAAAUAAGAUUAAGGAUUUCCAGUUGCAAAGUAUAGUGGAAAAACAAAUGAAGGCAAAGAGAGAUCAGCGCAAGACAUACACAAAAAAUCCUUCACUAAUAACAUUCCUGUGCAAAAAUUGCCACAAGCUGAUAUGCUCUGGAGAAGAUAUACAAGUUAUUGAAAGCAUGCAUCAUGUCAGUGUGAAAAAAGAUUUUCAAAGUCUUUACCAUACAAGAGAAAAUAAGACACUGCAAGAUAAGCAUGCUGAUUACCAGACAAAUGGGGAAAUUAUAUGUAAAGACUGUGGACAAGCUUGGGGAAAUAUGAUGGUUCACCGAGGUCUUGACUUGCCUUGUCUGAAGAUUAGAAAUUUUGUGGUUGUGUUUGAAGACAAGAAAACAAAGCAUAUUUUUAAGAAAUGGGGAGAACUGCCUGUCAGGUUCCCUAGUUUUGAUUAUGCAGCUCAUUGUCCUUCAAGUGAUGAAGAUUAA